AUGAAAAACAAAUCAUUUCUUUGCAAGAAAAAUUUAUAUCUGAAAAGCAGAAAGUUUACACAAGCUUGGCACCUAGCCUUUAAAGACUUCUCAUCAGAAAGCAAGUAUUUAUAUGAAAUAGGCAUGCAGCAAAAAUUUUCAAUGAAUGUGAUAUCAUGCUGAGCAGUUAUAGGAUUAAGUCUUGGGCUUUUGUGUGGGCACAUGGAUUUUAUUUCCUAUAUCUAUUUCAUUACUGGACUCGCUCCUUUUUUGCCUUUUAUUAGAUUCAACAAUUAUUUUCAAAGGAUUUUGACAGAAUUUUUUUGCUUUUAUUUUUUAAGGACAUACAUUGGACAAUCAUCAAUUUCUGAGUGUCUAGGUGCGCAAUUCCCAUCAUUCGUUCUCAAUUUAUAUCUAUUAAAGAAAUGAAGCUAUUCUAGCAUUAUUUUCGGUGCAGAAUAUUUGCUGAUUUGUAUUAUAAAUAAUAUCUACCCUGCAGGCCUUAUUUUAUCUUCUAUUACUUAUACAAUUUUUAUUGCUUGCCUAGAAAAACAAUUAAGGGAUUUAUGACGUAUAUAUACCGCAUUUAAAAAAUCAGAGGGAAGCUAUUUUGAAUUAUUUCAGUCAUCACCUCACCCAAUAUUUAUAUUGCAAUCUGGGUUUCCAUGCCAGAUAACAGUGUAUUUUUGAUAGUGUGACAUUUACUAGGUAAGUUUUUCAAAAAAUUUUUGAUAUUGAGACAUUUAACCGUUUAAAUUUAGGCUAAAUGGCACACUGUUUAAAAUUUUCGACCAAGUUUUUUGGAUGAAAUGCCACUAUUAAAUAGACAAUCAUUGGGCCUACACCCAGCAGUCUGGUGGAAAAAUAAUUUUUCAUAAUAAAUCUGCAAUGAAGCUAUUGGAAAUUUAUAGUAAUAAAUCAAAAGAAUUUGAUGAUAAUUUUGAAAGUUUUUUUGGUGACGAUGAUAAACCAUAUAUUAGAAAUUUAAUCCAGACUGGAUUAUCUGGGGAAUAUUGUGUAGAUGAAUUUAUCAUUCAAGAUAUUAAGAGGCCAGAUCCGCUGCACAGUUUGGGUCUUUUAAUUUCUGCAGAGCAUAUUAGUUGACAGUCUGAAAAUUGUGUAAAAAUUAUAUGCGUUGAUAUAUCAAGCUAUGCAAUUUCUCGACAGCAAAUUAUAAAUAAUUGUCAAACCUUAGAGUCUUAUCUUACUCUCCCAAAUUAAGAACGACCAAAAUUUCGAAAACUUUCUAUUAUUAUGAAAUCACAGCAACUCAAUUUUUAAUAUAUUUUUUUAUUUAAAAUACUUUAUAAAUAAUUAAUCCCCAUAGCUAAUUAUAUUAAUUUAAGACAGCUGAUUUCUUUAACAUUAAUUUUAUAAAUUAGAUUAGGCUUCAUUUUCAAAUACUAAUAAAUUGCGCUUUUAAAAAUCUUAAAAAUUAUAAUAUAUAUAAAUUUUAAUAUAAAAUAAACCCCCUUUUAAGAGUAGCAAAAAUCUUGCUCCCUCUUAAAUGAAGGAAUUAAUUAUCUAUAAUGUUUAACGUCCGCUACAAGGUAGGCUCUGCUAGAGCCAUCUAAAAUAUUGCUCUAGUCUCUUCGUUAUUCCUCUGUCCACAGGCUGUGACAAACUUGACCUUGAUCAUAGUAGGACUUCAUUUUUGAAGUUUGGCUUUGAGAGCGUCAAACUUUAGAGGCAGCUUUUGAAAGAAUGGCUUUUACUGCAGCAAUGAUUUAUCAGUCAAAAACUUCACUUAAUCGAGGAACAUUAACUACAAUAAACUCUUUGCAUAAUAGUUUAAAAAACAACUUAUUAAUCCAGCAAUAUCUUUCAAGCAGAAUAUCAGCUCAGAGAACAAAUUUUGAUUUGAACAUAGAAAUCCAAAACUCCAUAGAACUCGCCUACCUACAAGCAUCUGAAAAAGAAAUCAGCCUAACAUACACCAGAGAUCAAGGCUUGCCAAACUGUGUAAAUGGAUACCGAAGUUUCCACAACCAGCUUGUAUAUACUAUGCUAUCCUAUAUAAUUUCUCAUAGCGAAGACCAUAGCAACAUAUAUUUGCUUAUUGAAGUUGCCACAGCUGUUCAAAAAGAUAUUACAGUAAAUUACAAAUUCACUUUUAGGUCUUCAAAGAUAGCAGAUGAUGAACUGAACUAUUUAUUUCAAAAAAGCAUUUCACAGAGGAAGCAAUUCAGUGAUUUUAUUUUAUCAAUCAAAGAAUUUGGCUCGGGGAUGGCUAUUUUUGAAAGUAUGCUUCAUAUCUUAAAAGGAUCUAUAACAGAAACUACAAUCUCGGACACAGAAAUUGGAAAAUGCAUAAUCUCGUUCAGGCUUCCUUUCACAACCAUAGAAAGGGAGUCUCCUACAAAGCUCUUGAGAUUAAGCACAAGCGGCUCUAUAACUGAAACUCCAUUAACUGUAAAAUGGAGGCCAAAUAUAAAAUAUGAGCAUGACAUGCUUUCCAGGUACCCAGUGGAUGAAACUGUUAUUUUAAAGGAACAAAUUCAAACAAUUAAAAAUAAAAAGAAAAAAGAGGUCUUUCAAAUCCAAAUUAUCAACCAGAUUGGAGCUAAUUUAAUAGAAGAAAGGUUCAUGCCAAGGAUUUCAAUAUCGAGAGUAAGAACUCCGACUCAGUCUUUAAGCAGCGAUGAAGAAAUUUCUUCUGGGAGUGAGGAUUGAGAAGACAACGAAAAUGCAAUAAAUAUAGACUGUAAGUGCAACUCAUGCGAAAUUCUAUCAAAUGGCAGUCAAAUACUAUCUGACUAUAUUAUUCAUUCUAGCUCAUUAUCCAGAAAAUAUUACAGGCUAAAAGCUAAAAAGACAGAAAUCUUGACUCCCCCCUCCGUGAGCUAACAAAACUAUUAGAAAAGUCCCUAUUUUUGCCCAAAAAUCCACCCUCUGUGAGCGAAAAUUUUUUUUUUUUAUAUAUAAAGUGAUUAUUAUAAUGAAAUCUCUAGCUAAUUCUAUCUAAAUAAACAGAUUGCAUUUUAAAAUAUAAAUUUUACAAAUUAAAAAUUAAUUUUUACUUCUUAAUUUUACGAAUUGGAAUUUUUGUUAAUUUUGAAAAAAAAAAAUUACCAUAAAACUUAUAUAUAAAUUUUUUUAAAUACAAAAAUGAACCCAAUCCGAGAGCAAACAAACUUUUUCGUCCGACAGAGGGAGUAAGAUCCCGAAAAGUAAAAUUUUCCAGUAAAAACAAUCACUUUCCUAUAAUUAUUGAUAGAGACAUAUUUUCUGUUAAAAAAUUCCUUUUUCAUGAAGGAAGAAAGGAAAGUCUUUGUUUCGAUGUGGGCAUUAAUAGCGUUUUAGUGGUUGACGACGAUGAACAACAAAGAGAAAUAUUAGAAAAUUUUAUUAAAAAUAUGAAAUGAAGCGUUGACUUUGCAAGAGACGGAUAUGGAGCAAUUAAAAUGUUUGAGUCUUAUGCUAGUCAAGGAUUUGUUUAUAAAGUGAUAUUUAUGGACAUAAUAAUGCCAAAAUUAGAUGGACUCAAAGCAACACAAAAAAUAAGAGAGAUAGAGGCAAAAUUUCAUUAUCCGAGAACCUUUAUAUGUGGGUUAAGCGGUGAUAAAGAUGCAAGACAAAAGGCUGAAGCAGCAGGAAUGGAUAACUUUUGUAAGUGAUAUAUAGUAAUGAAGGCUCCUUCACAUGACGCUUAAACUAUAGCGACAUUUUUUAACCUAUUAUUUUUUAAUACUAAAAUUUUAUAAUAUAACUUCUGUCAAAAACAAUAAACUAAAAUGGAAUGAAAAUUACAGCAAAAUAGUCAAUGUGAACUCAUUUCCAAAUCAAAUGGACUAAAAAGAGAACAAAAAUAAUUAAGGGAAAAAAAAGCAAAAAAAAUAGGUGAGAGAAAAAUGAUACCAAAAAAAAUGAAAAACUAGGCAAAAAAAUAGGUAAAAAAAAAGUUUAAAAAAAUGGGUCAAAAAAAAUAGGCUAAAAAGGCCAAGAAAAUAUAUACAAAAAAAAUAGACUAAAAAGGCCAAGAAAAUAUAUGGAAAAAAACGAUAGGCUAAAAAAAAGUUUUUAGGAGUUGAUAUCGUGUCAAAAACGAGUAAUGAAGCCUACAGCAUAUAGAACAAUAAAAGAAUUGUUGGAUUCAAGACAAAAGGGUAGCGGUAGCUCAUUGACUUAG